UGAAGCCGAUGCAGUUUUUGCCUUCCAGUUAAGAAACCCUGUGCACAAUGGCCAUGCCUUGUUAAUGAAUGAUACUCGCAAACGCCUUCUGGAAAUGGGCUACAAAAAUCCAAUUUUACUGCUUCAUCCUCUUGGAGGAUUCACAAAGGUUGAUGAUGUUCCCUUGGAUGUUAGGAUGGAGCAACAUAGUAAGGUCCUGGAAGAUGGAGUUCUUGAUCCCGAGACUACCAUAGUUGCCAUAUUUCCAUCGCCUAUGCAUUAUGCUGGUCCAACUGAAGUACAGUGGCAUGCCAAGGCACGCAUAAAUGCAGGUGCAAACUUCUAUAUUGUUGGUCGUGAUCCAGCAGGUAUGGGUCACCCAACUGAGAAAAGGGAUUUGUAUGACCCUGAUCAUGGAAAGAAGGUUCUUAGCAUGGCUCCUGGUUUGGAGAAGCUUAACAUUUUGCCAUUCAGGGUGGCAGCUUAUGACACUAAGGUUAAUAAGAUGGCAUUUUUUGACCCAACCCGUGCUAAAGAUUUCCUCUUUAUUUCUGGAACCAAGAUGCGGGCUUUUGCGAGAAGCGGGGAGAAGCCACCAGAAGGUUUCAUGUGUCCAAGUGGGUGGAAUGUUCUUGUGAAGUACUAUGAGAGUUUGCAGGCAGAGGAGCCAUCUGAGCAGCCUGUGCUAUCUACCUAGACAUAACUAGAAGUAGAAGUUUAGCAUGAAUUGAUUCCAAAGGGAGAGUGUUAAAAACACAGUUCUGGGAGUGCCAAUUUUUGUGCCUGGUCUUCCAGCUUCAUGAUGAAGAUUUAAUCAAUGCGCAAGCAUAUUUGAAUUUUUUGUACUAUAUUGAAUCAUCCUUUUCGUUUGAAGUUACUAUGACUGAGGAAUUUGUUGUGGUGCAUCAAGCAUGAUUGCAGAUGUAGUCUUCUACUGUAGACUCCUGUAAGACCAGUUUAAUAAGAGUUAGGGAAAUUCACCACAGCCUUGGUGCUUAUGUCCAUCAUGGGAAACGGUUCAUAACUGCAAUUGUGGUCACAACUUGAAGGAUUUUGAAGUUUGUGAUCAUCAUGAUCGUAACUGUGCUGCAUUAUCUGUGUUUAUCAACAAUUUUUCACAAUAUUAAAGAUUGUGACCACAA